ACAUGAUUUUUGCCCAAAUGUGCCUGUAGGUUGUUUAUAAUGUAGCUGCACGUGAAGAAAUCCGCCGUGGCUUUGUGUCAUGCUGAGUAACAACAUGGGGCACUGUUUCAUGGGACGGGGAGCCAUGAUUCCAAGGAAGCUGAAGCCGUUUCUCUGCAGGAUGUUUUCGGGUUACAAGCCCAAAAACGAUGUCAAGGACUCUUACAAAAUUCUGGAGCUGGAGGAAGGCUGUUCCCUCGAUGACGUCAGAAACUCCUAUCACAAUCUUGCCAAAAAAUACCACCCGGACAGCAGCUCCGGCAUGGCCGACUCCAGGGCCUUCAUAAGGGUGGAGGAGGCCUACAGGGUUGUGCUGGGCGACCUGGCGGCCAAACAGAAAUCCGACGCCGGCGAGGAGGAGGAAGACCAGUUCAAAUCCAAGUCCCUGCAGCACAGGCACUACCUGAGCUUCGAGGGCGUGGGCAUCGGCACGCCGAGCCAGCGGGAGAAGCAGUACAUGCAGUUCCGCGUGGACCGCGCCACCGAGCAGGUGCUGGAGUACCGGCAGCAGCGGCUGGAGAGCCGCUACGCCGGCAGCGACCUCAGCCGGGCCAAGGACGUGCGGCAGAGCAAGAAGGUGAAGAUCACUCAGGCCGUGGAGCGGCUGGUGGAGGACCUCAUCCAGGAAUCCAUGGCCAAAGGAGACUUCGACAACCUCAGCGGCAAAGGGAAGCCGCUGCAGAAGUUCUCGCACAGCCCGCACAUCGACCCCAUGACGCACAACCUGAACAGGAUCCUCAUCGACAACGGCUACCAGCCCGAGUGGAUCCUGCUGCAGAAGGAGAUCCGGGAGACCAUCGAGCGCCUGAGGAAGAGCAUCGUGGCCUCCAGGAGGAAGCUCGGGGAGCCGAUGACGCUGCCGGAGCAGAAGCAGUGGGGCCGCAUCUGCGAGCAGUUCGCGGAAGACAUCAGGAAGUUGAACAAGAGAGUGGACAACUUCAACCUGGUGGUGCCCAUCCUCAGCAGGCAGAUGGUGCACUUCAGCACCGACAAGGAGAUCCUCCGAGCGCGGAAGAAUUACGAGGCCGUCGUGGAGAAGGUUUCUGAUUCAGACACGAAGGAAAACGGGCGGGAAGAGGGCAAAAGGUUUGGGUGGAAGUCUUCUCUCUUGAAGUGGUUAAAACUUACACCGAAAUAAUUUCACGCUAAUUCCUCUUGUCAAGGUUUUGAAUGCACUUUAUUAAUGGAAUAUAGCACUUGAGAAAUUUCAGGUUCACUGAAAAUGUCAAAUUCACACUGUUACGGUACUUGAAGGAAAUUUGGUUGUGUGAUGAGCAUUUUCAUGAUAAAUAAUUGAGUUAUUUUUAAAUAUUAUUAAAUGAAAUGUGCCAGUUUGGGU